CAGUGUUCUUCUACUUCUUCGCGGGACGCAAAAAUGUCGAGCCCUGCAGACGAAACCCUAGCAGAAGCAGCAGACGAAACCCUAGAAGAACAAGCAGCAGGUUCUGAAGAAGAAGAAGACGAAGCAGAGCAGAAAGUCUCGGAUACCGAAAACAGCGAGCAAUCGGAAGAAUGGGAGACGAUGGCUCGAGCUUGGGUCUCCUCUUUCCCGGAGGCCAGAGCUGUGUCCAUGGACGAAGUCGAGGCCUGGAUCGACUCCAACUUCGAUCUCAUUCCCGAAGGCAUCAAAUCUAUGCCUCGCGCUGACGUCUGCCAACGCCUCAUGGCUAUCCAGAACUGCAUGAGGUCGGCCAAUCAGGAGAAACAAGAGGACCAAGGUGAGAUAUCACAUGCUCGAUUUCAACGCACUGAUCAGUGGAGACCGGUUUAUAUAUGGUUAGAGUCUUUGAAUAGGGACGACGUUGUGAAAUCCAAAGAUAUAAAUGAGUGGCUAACUUGUAACCCGAGAAUCCAAGAGUACUUGUGCUCUAGGCAUACUCGGUAUCAUUUGAUGCACUACAUCAAGAAAUGCCAUAUGAAGAUACUCAAGAGGCGGGAGAGGAAGAAGGGUGUCCAGCCAUCAGAUACACCAGCGUCUCUGAAGGUUCACAAUGAUGUGGCAAUGAAACAAAAAGCUCCACUGCCUUGCACUACUUUAGUCAAUGUACCUCAAGACAGUGAUCUAUAUAUGAUGAAGCGAAAGGAAGCGCUUGAGAAAUUUCAGAUCUUAGUGGAGCUGGAGAAGCUGCUUGCCCCUACUUUCUUAAAGCGUGGAGAUGGAAACAGGUGAAAGAAUUCCGAAGCACUAAUGUCUGUUGCCCUGCCCAGCAUUUUUCUGAUUCUGUAAUCUAGUAAGGGCUCCAGCUAAAAACAACAUUUUUCCAUCUGUAAAGCAAGCUAUAAAAGAGCUGGGUUAAAUUAUCUUCCUUCUCUUAGUUUCUUUGAGUGAAGGCUCUGCCAUUUUAACCCUCCUAAAGUUGACUAUGAGACACCCGAGAAGCCACGACUGAUGCGAACAUGAAAUAGAGUUAGUAGGGCUGGAGUUGGUCCCAAUUCAUAGGCUGUUGUAGAACAUGGUCCCUGAAACUCUGAAAGUUAUAAAACCCCAUUUGAUUCAUAGUAUGA